AUGGCUUCUUACUUUUUCCUCUCGUUCAACUUCGUGGUGCAUGCGGGCCCCGUGGCCAUCUUCGCCCUCGCCUCGUACAUUCACUUCCUCCGCAACGACUACGACUCUUUUUGGGCCUUUGUCGCGUACGCUGCUUUCUGGUCGUACCCCUUCUCGGUGGCCUACUGGCAUGAGAGUCAUCUGCCACUGGCGGCAGUCUAUGUUCGAGUGGUGCAGCUUCUCUACAUCUACCUCGUCGACCUCUGGAUCUACAUGGCGGUGUACCGUCUGUUCCUCCACCGCAUCUGCCACAUACCUGGACCCAUCUCGCUGGCGUCGUCAAAGUUGUUUUGGAUACUGGUUGAUGUAAUGGGUGAGAAUCGCAUCUACAGCGAGCAUCUUCAUAGCACAUACGGCGACAUGGUCCGAAUCGGGCCUAGAGAGGUGUCCAUCAACGACCCAGGCGCCGUCGACGUCGUAUUGGACAACUGUGGUCCUUGUGGCAAGGGACCUCGGCUUGAAAUCGCAUACCGUGGCCUGCUCUUCCUUUCGCAUCGUCAUUUGAGUCUCGAAGACGGAAGGGCCAGGAGCGAAUUUGUCGGGCCCCGAUUGAUCACCACGACGCGAGAACUCAUGAAACAGCUCGAGGCCGCUUCCAGAAACGGGGAGCCGGUAAAUGUUAGGAGAUGGAGCCUGUGCGCCUCGCUCGAUGCACUGUGCUCUCUUGCCUAUUCGAAAAGCCCCAACGUGCUCAACGAAGGACCUGAGAGCUCACGGUUGAUUGCUGUCGAACGCGCGCUUCGCCAACGCUCGAUCCUAGGCAACGUGCCGUACUUUGGAGUUGCUCUGCGCGACCCACUUCGAGGCUGGAACGACUGGAUCGAAAAGACGAUUGGCUCGGGUGCUUCUCCCAAUGUGCUGAGCUGCCUUUUCGGUCCAGAGGACCAUCACGGCAAUGUUGCCCUUGCCCUGGCUGCAGCUGCGACGGCAAUGUCCGAGGUCCUCGCCAUGGUGCUCUACCACCUAGUUGCCGAUCCCUACUGCUAUCAAGCUGUGCGCAACGAGGUCUUUUGCGUCGCCGGAUCCAAGGAGUUUCCCUCGAACAUUGAUCAGCUUACGGCCAAUGAUUGCCCUAUGCUCAACGCCGUCAUUGACGAGACAAUGCGCCUGCACCCGCCAUUGGCCUCUGUGGGUCUCCAUCAGCGCGUCACGCCCCCGUCUGGUCUCGUUCUCCCGCUUCGCAAGGGCAAUGUCACGCUUCCACGCGAUGUUGCGGUCACGAUCCCGCUCCAUGUGAUGCAGCGCGACGCUCGCAACUUUUCGCCGACGCCAAACGAGUUUCACCCACGACGCUGGUUUGCAGAGCAGCUCCGACCCACGCAGUUCCAAAAGGACGUAGCGACGCUGAAUAAGGUCGCCUACCUGCCCUUUGGCCGUACGAGCAGCCCCAUCGACGAUGUGGCAUACAUGCACCUUCGCAUCGUCAUCGCAUCGUUUGUUCAUCAACUUGAUGCACGCUUUCCACCUGAAUUCAACAAAGACGCCUUCUUGCACAGCCAGGACACCUCUCAAAAACAGAGCGUCUUGCUGCUCCUGUCCCGUCGUCGUCGGUGUCGUCGCGGAGAGGAGUGA